AUGGGUCAGUUGUGGAACAGUCGGCAGCUUUCCGUUCCCUUUGCCCUUCUCUUCCCUCUUUGCUUUUGGGACCUUCUCCCUGAGACCUCUGUUGUGACAGUAUGUGGCGUCACAGCAAGAGCACCUCAGGGUCCAGGUCCUUUCGACCUUACUCUCAUUAACAAUGCCCAUUACUUAUUCUUUCACCCAGUUCGAGUUUCCAGUUAUAUAUAUACUUCACCCGAUACAACCUCGCAUCGUAAUUUGUAUGGUGAAAAAUUCUGCACCGCACCAUUCACCCAUCCAAUUUUGCGUUACGAUUUCAUGUACUCCCAACAAACCGAACUUGGUGCUAACAUUGAAGUUUCUUUUGUUGAUGGAGGCUGUGGUCAAUCAUGUGCAGUCGCUCAUCGAGAUUUUUUUACCUCUCGACGGCCAUUGAUGGCGGGAUUAGUUAUAAUCACGGAUUGUAGUUUUGUCGAAGCUCGGAACUGUGAUAAAAAACCUAUUUCGCUAGCAGUACUACCACCUCAGACACGUGAAUUUGCAAAUAAGGAGUGCACUAACGCACUGUUCAUAUUAGCAAGCAAUCUUGGUCCGGAUAUUGAGUCCAAAAAUUGGGUGGACUGUCACAUAGCCUCAGAAAUGUUCAACUUGUACCUAAGAUGGAUAGGAAUAUUUUUGUCUGCAUACUGGAGACAGUUUGUGAAUUACGUACAAUUUUUUUCUCAAUCUCAUGGCCCAAUUUCACAUUGUGGAGGAUGGAAAACUGCGAAACGACCUCAUUGGGGUAGUUCCAUGGUAUACGGCACAGCCUGUUACGGUGUUGGAGCAUCAACAGCGGUAAUGUCCGUUGGAGUGAAUUUGACUGCAAAAAAAGAGUGGCAACUAGCUUUUUUCUAUCGCUACCUCAAGUUAGCGCCAUUGUAA